GACGCAUAAUGAAGAACACCAUGGAGGGACAUAUCAUUUUGUCUUCAGAUUUUAAAAUUGAAGAUGAAAUCAUCCCACAACUUUUCCCAAGAGAAAAACCCAUUAAUGAGAAUAUAAAUUCAGUACUUGUCAGUGCAGCUAUAUCACCUGUGCCAUCUAAUCCUGAGGAACGUUCCCCUGAUAGCUCAGAUAUUGCUACAAAUAGUACAACUCAUGGAGGUGAUAUACUCUUCUCCUGUUCUUUAUGUGGAGAAGGUUUUCUACAUAAAUCCGUCUUUGUUACACAUCUGAGAAGUCACACAGCUGAGAAACCAUUUCCAUGUUCUGAAUGUGGGAAAUGGUUCACACGCAAAUCGUCUCUUAUUAGACAUAAGAGAAUACAUACUGGUGAGAAGCCAUUUCCGUGUUCUGAGUGUGGGAAAUGUUUUACAGAGAAAUCAGGUCUUGUUACACAUGAGAGAAUACAUACCGGUGAGAAGCCAUUUCCAUCAUUUCCAUGUUCUGAGUGUGGGAAAUGUUUUGUAAACAAAUCAGAUCUUGUUACACAUCAGAGACGUCACACAGCUGAGAAACCAUUUCCAUGUUCUGAAUGUGGGAAAUGGUUCACACGCAAAUCGUCUCUUAUUAGACAUAAGAGAAUACAUACUGGUGAGAAGCCAUUUCCAUGUUCUGAGUGUGGGAAAUGUUUUACAGAGAAAUCAGCUCUUGUUAAUCAUCAAAUAAGUCACACAGGUGAGAAGCCAUUUUCAUGCUCUGAGUGUGGAAAAUGUUUUACAGAGAAAUCAGGUCUUGUUACACAUGAGAGAAUACAUACCGGGGAGAAGCCAUUUCCAUCAUUUCCAUGUUCUGAGUGUGGGAAAUGUUUUGUAAAGAAAUCAGGUCUUGUUUCACAUCAGAGACGUCACACAGGUGAGAGGCCAUUUCCAUGUUCUGACUGUGGGAAAUGUUUUACACAGAAAUCAGCUCUUGUUACACAUCAGCGAAGUCACACGGGUGAGAAGCCAUUUCCAUGCUCUGAGUGUGGGAAAUGUUUUAUACGGAAAUCUGUUCUUGCACAACAUCAGAGACAUCACACAGGUGAGAAACCAUUUCCAUGCUCUGAGUGUGGGAAAUAUUUUACACAGAAAUCAUGUCUUGUUAAUCAUCAAAAAAGUCACACAGGUGAGAGGCCAUUUCCAUGCUCUGAGUGUGGGAAAUGUUUUACACAGAAAUCACAUCUUGUUAAUCAUCAAAAAAGUCACACAGGUGAGAAGCCAUUUCCAUGUUCUGAGUGUUAGAAAUGUUUUGCACAGAAAUCAAAUCUUGUUGCACAUCAGAGACCAUCUAUCAUCCACUUGAGCAACCCAACCAUUUUCUGGAAGAUCUUGCCUGGUUCCCUCACUUUCUCUUAUGUCCUAGAGAAUGCUGGGGUCCACAUUAGUACCAUGGAUAUACAGCAAACACAGACGUAUAACAAAACAAACUUGUACAUGUCCAUGAGCCAGAAGAAUAAAACAUUGGUUACAAGCAUAUAUGCAGUUGAGUGUCGUGCUUAUUAUGACAACUGUACAUCUACUCAGGAAUAUAAGAAGAAUAUUAAUGGAGGAAUUCAGGAUUCUGCUGGGUUCCUGGUAGAAUCCAUGAAGGACCUGGGUUCCAUGGCUGCGGGGAUCUCCGUGUCCAUCUCGGCUCACAGGGGUAUCUUUCUGCGCCAGUGGUUUGCGGACGUGGAAUCCAGGAAAAGUGUGGAGCGCCUACCCUGUACAGGUCAGGCUCUGUUUGGGGAGGCGCUGGAUGCGUGGAUUGCCACGACUACAGCGGGAGCACGGUUGGAUCCUGAACCUUCCGAAGUCUCAUCUGGAGCCGAAAAGGAGGAUGUCUUUCCUGGGGAUGAUCCUUGGCACGGAGGUGCAGAGGGUGCUUUUACCGGUGGAGAAAGCCCAUCCCCAUGUGUCAGGACCACUGAGCAGGACCCAGAGCCUCAUCUCGGUGCCUCCACCUCACUGAUACAUGAGAGACACAAUGACCAGAAGAUCCUGAAACUGACCAACAAGAUCAUUCAGCUGCUGACUGGAGAGGAGGGGGAGUAUAUAGAGGAACACAGGGGUCUGUACAAGGACGUGAUGAUGGAGAAUCACCGGCCCCUCACAUCACUGGAUGGGCCCAGUAACAGAGAUACCCCAAAGAGAUGUCCCCAUCCUCUGUUUUCCCAGGAUUGUACAGAGGAGAAUCACAGGAACACGCAGGAGAAUCAGCGUGAGGCACUUUUUGAUAUGAAGGUAGAAGAUAUAGAGGGAGAAGAAGAGAAGUAUGUGACUGAUAUGAAGGCAGAAGAUAUAGAGGGAGAAGAAGAGACGUAUGUGACUGAUAUGAAGGCAGAAGAUAUAGGGGUAGAAGAAGAGACGAAUGUGACUGAUAUGAAGGCAGAAUAUAUAGAGGGAGAAGAAGAGACGUAUGUGACUGAUAUGAAGGCAAAAGAUACAGAGGGAGAAGAAGAGACGUAUGUGACUGAUAUGAAGGCAGAAGAUACAGAGGGAGAAGAAGAGACGUAUGUGACUGAUAUAAAGGGAGAAGAUACAGAAGGAGAAGAAGAGACGUAUGUGAGGGGUGAUCAGCAGUGUAAGGAGGAGGAAUUCCCUACAGAUAUCAGCACAGCAGGUGGACGCAUAAUGAAGAACACCUUGGAGGGACAUAUCAUUUUGUCUUCAGAUUUUAAAAUUGACGAUGAAAUCAUCCCACAACAUUUCCCAAGAGAAAAACCCAUUAAUGAGAAUAUAAAUUCAAUGCUUGACAGUGCAGGUAUAUCACCUGAGCCAUCUAAUCCUGAGGAACGUUCCCCCGAUAGCUCAGAUAUUGCUACAAAUAGUACAACUCAUAGAGGUGAUAUAUUCUUCUCCUGUUCUCAAUGUGGGAAAUGGUUCACACGCAAAUCGUCUCUUAUUAUACAUAAGAGAAUACAUACUGGUGAGAAGCCAUUUCCAUGUUCUGAGUGUGGGAAAUGUUUUGUAAAGGAAUCAGCUCUUGUUUCACAUCAGCGAAAUCACACAGGUGAGAAGCCAUUUCCAUGCUCUGAGUGUGGGAAAUAUUUUAAACAGAAAUCAGGUCUUGUUAUACAUCAGCGAAGUCACACAGGUGAGAGGCCAUUUCUAUGCUCUGAGUGUGGGAAAUGUUUUACACGGAAAGCAGAACUUGCUCAACAUCAGAGAAUUCACACAGGUGAGAGGCCAUUUCCAUGCUCUGAGUGUGGGAAAUGUUUUACACGAAAAUCAGAUCUUGUUAUACAUCAGCGAAGUCACACAGGUGAGAAGCCAUUUCCCUGUUCUGAGUGUGAGAGAUGUUUUACACGGAAAUCAAAUCUUGUUAAUCAUCAAAAAAGUCACACAGGUGAGAAGCCAUUUCCAUGCUCUGAGUGUGGGACAUGUUUUGCACAUAAAUCAAAUCUUGUUAAACAUCAGAGACAUCACACAGGUGAGAGACCAUUUCCAUGUUCUCAGUGUGGGAAAUGUUUUACACAAAAAUCACAUCUUGUUAAUCAUGAAAGACAUCACACAGGUGAGAGACCAUUUCCAUGUUCUCAGUGUGGGAAAUGUUUUACACAGAAAUCACAUCUUGUUAAACAUCAGAGACAGCACACAGGUGAGAGACCAUUUCCAUGUUCUCAGUGUGGGAAAUGUUUUACCCAGAAAUCACAUUUUAUUAAACAUCAGAGACAUCACACAGGUGAGAGACCAUUUCCAUGUUCUCAGUGUAGGAAAUGUUUUACACAGAAAUCAAAUCUUGUUAAACAUCAGAGACAUCACACAGGUGAGAGACCAUUUCCAUGUUCUCAGUGUGGGAAAUGUUUUACACAGAAAUCAAAUCUUGUUAAACAUCAGAGACAUCACACAGGUGAGAGACCAUUUCCAUGUUCUCAGUGUGGGAAAUGUUUUACACAGAAAUCACAUCUUGUUAGACAUCAGAGACAUCACACAGGUUAGAAGCCAUUUCCAUGCUUUGAAUACCAAGUACACCUCUUCAUGGCAAUGGAAUUCCCUGAUGGUAGCGGCCUCUCUCAGGAGGAUAGUGUGCCCAGAGAUAUUGCAAAAAUUGCUCAGGAAUGGUCUGAGGAACACGACACAGAGCUCAAGGUGUAUGAGGGAGGACUUGGCCCAGUUGAUCAGACAACCAUGACUCUGAAGGAAUGUUAUGGUUACCUGGAGAUGAUGGCUAAGAAUCUAUGGAGAUUGUGCCACAACAAGAAGGUUGUCCAGAGCAUGGAAACGGCCUCUCACCUGUGUGACUUCUCUGAUGUGCAACAAGACCUGAUUUAUGUGUAUAACAUUUCCCACACUCAGAGCAUGAAAAUGGCUUCUCACCGGUGUGACUUUUCUGAUGUAGAACAAGAUGAGUAUAUAGAGGAACACAGGGAUCUGUACAAGGACGUGAUGAUAGAGAAUCACCGGCCCCUCACACCACUGGAUGGGCCCAGUAACAGAGAUACCCCAGAGAGAUGUCCCCGUCCUCUGUAUUCCCAGGAUUGUACAGAGGAGAAUCAAAGGAUCCCACAGGAGGAUCAGGGUGAAGACCUUUUUGAUGUGAAGGCAGAAGUUCUAGAGGGAGAAGAAGAGACGUAUGUGACUGUUAUGAAGGCAGAAGAUAUAGAGGGAAAAGAAGAGACGUAUGUGACUGAUAUGAAGGCAGAAGAUAUAGAGGGAGAAGAAGAGACGUAUGUGACUGAUAUGAAGGCAGAAGAUAUAGAGGGAGAAGAAGAGACGUAUGUGACUGAUAUGAAGGCAGAAGAUAUAGAGGGAGAAGAAGAGACGUAUGUAACUGAUAUGAAGGCAGAACAUAUAGAGGGAGAAGAAGAGAUGUAUGUGACUGAUAUAAAGGCAGAAGAUACAGAGGGAGAAGAAGAGACGUAUGUGACUGAUAUGAAGGCAGAAGAUAUAGAGGGAGAGGAAGAGACGUAUGUGACUUAUAUGAAGGCAAAAGAUACAGAGGGAGAAGAAGAGACGUAUGUGACUGAUUUGAAGACAGAACAUAUAGAGGGAGAAGAAGAGACGUAUGUGACUGAUAUGAAGGAGGAAGAUACAGAGGGAGAAGAAGAGACGUAUGUGACUGAUAUGAAGGCAGAAGAUAUAGAGGGAGAAGAAGAGACGUAUGUGACUGAUAUGAAGGCAGAAGAUAUAGAGGAAGAAGAAGAGACGUAUGUGGCUGAUAUGAAGGCAGAAGAUAUAGAGGGAGAAAAAGAGACUUAUGUGACUGAUAUGAAGGCAGAAGAUAUAGAGGGAGAAGAAGAGACGUAUGUGACUGAUAUGAAGGCAGAAGAUAUAGAGGGAGAAGAAGAGACGUAUGUGACUGACAUGAAGGCAGAAGAUAUAGAGGGAGAAGAAGAGACUUAUGUGACUGAUAUGAAGGCAGAAGAUAUAGAGGAAGAAGAAGAGACGUAUGUGGCUGAUAUGAAGGCAGAAGAUAUAGAGGGAGAAAAAGAGACUUAUGUGACUGAUAUGAAGGCAGAAGAUAUAGAGGGAGAAGAAGAGACGUAUGUGAGGGGUGAUCAGCUGUGUAAGGAGGAGGAAAUCCCUACAGACAUCAGCACAGGUGGUCGUACAAUGAACAUCGUGGAGGGACAUUUUAUUUUGUCUUCAGGUUUUCUAAUAAAAGAUGAAAUCAUCCCACAAGAUUCUCCAAGAGAAAACCCCGUUAUCGAGAAUAUAAAUUCAGUACCUCACAGUGCAGAUAUAUCACCUGAGCCACCUAAUCCUGAGGAACGUUACCUUGAUAUCUCAGAUAUUGCUACAAAUAGUACAGCUCAUGGAGGCGAAAUAUUUUCCUGUUAUGUGUGUGGUAAAGGGUUUAUACACAAAUCUGUCUUUGUUAGACAUCUGAGAUGUCACACAGGUGAGAAACCAUUUCCAUGUUCCGAGUGUGGGAAAUGUUUUUCACACAAAUCAGCUCUUGCUAGACAUCACAGAAGUCACACAGGUGAGAAGCCAUUUCCAUGUUCUGAGUGUGGGAAAUGUUUUUCACACAAAUCAGCUCUUGCUAGACAUCACAGAAGUCACACAGGUGAGAAGCCAUUUCCCUGUUCUGAGUGUGGGAAAUGUUUUUCAUUUAAAAAUGAUCUUGUUAAUCAUCUGAGAACUCACACAGGUGAAAAGCCAUUUCCAUGUUCUGAAUGUGGGAAAUGUUUUACUGAAAAAUCACAUCUUGUUAAGCAUCAGAGACUUCACACAGGUGAGAAACCAUUUCCAUGUUCUGAGUGUGGGAAAUGUUUUAUAGAUAAAUCAGCUCUUGCUAGACAUCACAGAUGUCACACAGGUGAGAAGCCAUUUCCCUAUUCUGAGUGUGGGAAAUAUUUUCCAUUCAAAAAUUAUCUUAUUAAUCAUCAGGGAAGUCACACAGGUGAAAAGCUAUUUCCCUGUUCUGAAUGUGGAAAAUGUUUUACUGAGAAAUCAAAUCUUUUUACACAUCAGAGAAAUCACACAGGUGAGAAGCCAUUUCCAUGUUCUGAGUGUGGGAAAUGUUUUAAAGUGAAGUCAUGUCUUAUUAAUCAUCUGAGAACUCAUACAGGUGAGAAGCCAUUUCCAUGCUCUGAGUGUGGCAAAUCGUUCAAACAGAAAUCAGCUCUUGUUAAACAUAAGAGAAGGCACACAGGUGAGAAACCUUUUCCAUGUUCUGAGUGUGGGAAAUGUUUCUUAGAUAAAUCAGCUCUUGUUAAACAUCAGAGAAGUCACACAGGUGAGAAGCCAUUUCCAUGUUCUGAGUGUGGGAAAUGUUUUACACAGAAAUCCUUUCUUGUUAUACAUCAGAGAAGUCACACAGGUGAGAAGCCAUUUUUAUGCUCUGAGUGUGGGAAAUGUUUCUUAGAGAAAUCAAAUCUUGUUAACCAUCAGAGAAGUCACACAGGUGAGAAGCCAUUUUCAUGCUCUGAUUGUGGGAAAUGUUUUACAUACAAAUCCUAUCUUGUUGUACAUCAGAGAAGUCACACAGGUGAGAAGCCAUUUUCAUGCUCUGAGUGUGGGAAAUGUUUCUUAGAGAAAUCAAAUCUUGUUAAACAUCAGAGAAGUCACACAGGUGAGAGGCCAUUUUCAUGCUCUGAUUGUGGGAAAUGUUUUACACAGAAAUCAAAUCUUGUUAUACAUCAAAGAAGUCACACAGGUGAGAGGCCAUUUCCAUGCUCUGAGUGUGGGAAAUGUUUCAUAGGGAAAUCAAGUCUAGUUAAACAUCAGAGAAGUCACACAGGUGAGAAACCAUUUCCAUGCUCUGAGUGUGGGAAAUGUUUCUUAGAGAAAUCAAAUCUUGUUAAACAUCAGAAAACACACAGGUGAGAGACUGUUUACAUGCUUUGAGUGUGGGAAAUGUUUUACAAAUAAAUCAUCUCAUACAUUAGAGAAAUCACUCAGGAAAAACAAUUUCUUAAACUGAGAGUCAUGAAAUGGGGUUGCAAUAAUAUUUUAAAUAUUGUAACAACCAUUGAUACUUAAUAUAUACACUACAUAAACUAACUGAGGAAGCCGCUGAUAGCUCGUGGAGAGGCGGGGAAAGGCAUUUUAACUACUACAAACAUUAAUGAUAACGCCGGAUGGAUGAUUUAUAAGCACCUUGGAGAUCUUUAAGGAUAUUUAAUUCUCCAGAUAUGGUUGCAAAAUAGAAUCUGCAAACAGUAGCCAGGAGCUCACAGCUACAGACCCUGAAGGAAGGAUGAGGUAAACUUUUUGUAUCAACACUUUAUCAUGACCAUGAUGAACUGUUUUUAAAGUAUAUGCAUUAAGUGUUAUUGUUCUAUUAGCCUUGGCUGCAAUAAUAAUUGCCAAAUAAGAGGCUGGAGCUGUUUUAGCUGCAUAUUCAAAAGUAUAUAAAGAAAUAAUUAAAAUUCCGGCAAUAAAUAAUACUGUCUGCUGAAAUAGGAUUUAAAGUGGCCAAUUGGGACUCAUCAACAGCCUCUUUUUCUCUUACGUGUAGGCAAAAAAGGAAAAGUGUCACACUGCGCUAUUAUCCUAGCUAUAUGAAGCAAACAAUUAUUUCUCUAACGUCCUAGAGGAUGCUGGGGACUCCGUAAGGAC